AUGACCAGGCGCCGACGCCGUCGCAGUGCGAGUUCCAGUUCUGACUACGGUGGGUAUGUUCCGAGACAAAGACACAGAGGUAAAGAUAACCGAGCGAGUGGUGCGGCAAACCGCGGUGCUGCCCCUCAGUCUUUAGGGUUAGACAAGCCGGCUGCCCAAGCAGAUCCCGCCAUCACUCAAGCUGAGCGCCAGCGGCGAGCGCAACAAUGGAUACUGGAGCAGCAAGCUGCGAGCUUGAACGUGGUCCGUGCAGAUGGAUCGAAGGAACAAGGGGGGAACAGACUCGCCCGAGAGGUAUACGUGGGCAACUUGCUCGUGGGUGUUGUCAACGCUGAAUCACUCAGACAGUUCUUUGAUAGUUCAAUGGCGGUGGCCUUUCCGAGUGACAAUCCAUUUGUGAAGCCCGUCAUUGAGGUGAGGAUGUCGCAUGACCUGAAGUUUGCAUUCGUUGAGCUGCGCACUGAGGAGAUGGCAACGGCUGCACUUCAACUAAACGGGACCAACCUUUGCGGACGAGCGAUGGUCAUAGCCCGCCCAUCAGGGUACGUUGACUCAAUUGCAGUAGCCCAGUUAGCUGCCAGCAAGCUGGCAGAGAGCGAGAGGCAACAACAUAAGCAGCCGACCACGGCUACAGAUGUUGUCGAUCGUCAACCGACGGAGAAAGCAAAAUCCGAGCAAAGCCCAGUAGAGAGUUGUGUGGUCUGCCUGGGAAAUCUCGUCACGGAAUCUGACCUUGUCACAGAGGAAGAGUACAAAGACGUCUGUGAGGAUGUGCUGCAGGAGUGCUCGAAGAGUGGACAGGUGAUCGAAUUGCGUAUCCCUCGAAAUUCCAUCGACGCAAACAUAAAAUGCAACGCCUUCGUUAGGUUUGCAACAGCUGCUGAAGCAAAAGCCGCUGUUAACUUGUUUAACGGGAGGAAGUUUGAUGGACGAUCAGUCAGUGCUGUGCUGUGGCCAGAAGAAGAUUUCGACGAGUUGCCCCCCGCUAGCUUUAGCUAGCUAGUACCUUCGAAGGUAGUAGCUAUAGCAAUACUCUUAGUAGACAUGAUAGUUGAGGGACA